AUGUGUUACAACUGCAUGAGGCCAUAUGAAGGCAAGUACCAGCGGUUGUCGCUGAGUUUCCGUCUUCAGAGAAACAUUGGGUAUUUCGUGUUCCAGACCUACCUGCCCUCAAUUUUGAUUGUCAUGCUUUCCUGGGUAUCCUUCUGGAUCAACCACGAGGCCACCUCCGCCAGGGUAGCGCUAGGCAUAACAACAGUAUUGACGAUGACUACCAUAAGUAACGGCGUUCGGUCAUCACUCCCCCGGAUCUCGUAUAUAAAGGCUAUCGACAUAUACCUGGUCAUGUGUUUUGUGUUCGUGUUUGCGGCACUGCUCGAGUACGCUGCUGUUAACUAUACCUACUGGGGUGCACGGGCAAAACGUAAGGCAAAGAAGGCAAAAGAUGGAGGAAUCAGCAACGACAGAAACUCUAAAUUAAUGCAAAGGGAUGCAUCCAGCAUGGAAGAAGCUAACAACAUUAACGUGUCCCCACUUCCAGCAAUAAGAAACAGUUAUCAAAAUGUGUUCAACUUUGAGACAGAAUGUUCUAGUGACCAACCGGUGAUCCGAAUGGCCCCGGUCAUGCCUCGUUCUUGCGUUGUUAACAGGGGAUACUCACCCGCAAAUGUGCUCAAAAGACGGAACGGAAAUCUCGUUCCGAAACGGAAAAUUCUUUCCACUGUUAGACAGACUGCAAAAAUAUUGAAGCCAAAGCUUCCGGUUGUAAGGGACGUAAAUGUGAUUGAUAAAUACGCACGAUUGUUAUUUCCGUUGCUAUUUAUUGUAUUUAAUAUAACGUAUUGGGGUUAUUACCUCAUUAAGCAGUAUCAGGAGCAAAACCUGACGUGAAUAGCAAAUAUCACUAUACAUGUAUAUUUUCUAGUAUCAUUGUUUGCAUUUAUUUGUGUGUGUAUAUGAAAUAUGUUUUAUUUAUACCAUGUAUAUGAAUAAUUGUGAAAUUUAAACAUCAUGAUUCAUACUUAAUAUUAAAUAGUUGUAAACGGGUUUCAGU